AUGGUAGUCACAGCAAGUACGACCGUCGGCAUGCACUUCACGAUAACACGAGGCAAUGGCGAACGCCGAACAGUCACUCAGCCACUGCAUGAACCCCUCCACUCGCCAAGACCCGCUAGUGCGGUUAUCCCAGCCCCAGCCCCAGCCCCAGCCACUCCAACAAGUUCAACCAACCACGAACUGCUUCUUGGCAGUCGAGACGCAGACACCUUUCAGCUUUCAGCCUUUCACAUGCCACCCGAGCUAAACUUCCCAGAUGCAGUUAAUCGGACCGGACCGGACCGGACCGCUCCGUGA